AUGAGGCGUGUCGUGCAGGGGCCACGCGUGACGGUCCGUGUCAUCCACAGUGCCGGCCCGGUGCAGACGGUCACCAUGCCCAGGGGCAUCGGCCUCAACGUCACCGGCGGCAACAACCGGCCCCCCGGACCCCUGCCCAGCGGGGGGGACAGCACCAAGGUGAGGGGGGGCGAGCAGUUGGUGACCAUCAACAAGGAGUCGUUGCUGGGGGUCACACAGGAGGAGACGCCGAGCCCCCCCAGUCUCAGGCCGGAGAGCUCGGUGGAGACGGCAUCGGUGAGGAGGGGGUCAGCGGCAGGGGAGGGGCCGUUGCCCAGCCCCCCCUCCCCCGGCGUGAAACCGCCCGGUUUCAGCUUCCUGCUGGCCCCCCCCAACUACCGGCAUGGCCCCGGACCCCCGACUGGAGCCCCUCCUCCCGACCGGCCCCUGCAGGGCAACUCUACGGCAAAGAAGAUGGAUGUCUCCCCCAGCUGCUCCCAGACUAACAGUCUCCCCGACCCACACUCCCCAGGUAAGGACAACCUCCCGCCCCAAAGCUGGAGAACGUAG